GACCAAUGGCAAUGACGACGUCGGCACAUUUGUUACGCUAAGCUCUUGUUCUCCUUAGUUGUGCUGGACCUUGAGCAAGCUAAAGCGCUUCGAUGGAUCCUGUCGUUCCACAUCCACUACGCAUGUUAGGCAAGAAAUCUGGAGAAUCUCGACAUGCAACGGUUUCGGUGUUGAGGGUGUUGAGGCAGCUUUGGCGGAGUAGCUGAACGUAAUGAAUUAGGUGAUGACGCCGAUUCCUGAUUCCCGAAUCCUGAUAAACAUCUGGCUGGGCAGUUCAAUGGGACUGUUCCUGUUCUCUCACCACGCCGCAAGUCUCACAUCGCUUCUCUUUUGAUUGCGGCACGGUUGUAACAAGGGCAUUUGGUUGUGUUAAUAUUAUACCUACCUGACCUUAACACUGAAUUCCGCUAUUGUCGUGCGGUUCAUCCUAUGGGUGUGGUUAUAAUACGAUCAGAAUCGCACGCUAGCUGCCAUGCGCAGGGUCACAUCUUCGGCAACUACCAGCAGUGGUUGGCAAAGUACAGAUAAUACAUUGCCAAUAUGUGACAGGUCGAUUUCUAUCAGUAGUUGGCCUACAGCAAGCGUAGCAGAAGUCGGCAGCAAUGAGGGCCUGUUCUUUGCGUCGCUCAAUGAUCUUGCGCCCGUCACGGUCGUAAUGCUACACUACUUGUUGAGCUCUCACCUCGAGUGGCAACAUUGCUGGCCUAAACUGUCCGAGUAUCAUCUUCUCAUACCCGAUCUACCUCAGCACUCGCGCUCCCGUCGAAUUGGACCCUUUUCCUUCACCUUAGCCGCUGAUCUCGUGGCCCAAAUAAUACGGGAACGCGCCCAUGACGGACGGGCACACCUUGUCGGACUAUCGACGGGUGGAUUUAUAGCAAUGGAAAUAAUAAAACGACACCCGGAUAUUGUUUUGAGCGCCUUCAUAUCUGGUGUAGCGCCACUAAACGAUAUGUGGAAGAGCCUAAACUCCCAACCGAAGCUUGCUCAUAUAGGUCUGUCGGUUCUACUACAUAGCCCAAAGAGUUUGCUGUUUAAAGCGACAGGGUGGUCACCGGAAUUUCAGGACGAGAACCUGAUAAAAGAAAUUAAACGAAACAACACGUCACAACUAUACGAGGCAGGAGCUCGUGACACAGUUAACUGGAGUAAAGAUGAUAUGGUAGAAGUUGGAAAAAGGGAUAAAAGAAUCGCUCUGGUCGCCGGAGGCAAGCAAGACAACGUCGAAGGUGUGCGAGAAACGGUGAAGUUAUUUGAAUCACUAGGUACAGGCGAUGGUAGAGGAUCGCGCGCAUUUGUAGUAAGACAUGCCAUCCAUGCGUGGAAUCUACAGGAUCCUCAACUAUUCGCUAAGGGGGUGCGAGCAUGGAUUGAAAAAACUCCAAUGCCGGAAGGAUUUGAGCCGCUCGAAGCAGCAGAUAUUAUCACGGAAUCAGUAGGAACGAGGGCUUACAAAACGCGAGGAUGAGUCUCAUACCCUUGAGAAUAUGGAACUUGGCUGAGUCUUGAAGCCAACUCCCAUUUGUCGACUUGGCUAUAGUUUUUUUUUUUAACUACCUCCAGUGAUCACUAGGCCAAGCUUUUAUACUUAUAACAAGUCGCGAUUCGACUUGACGCUCUGAAAGGAGCAAGAAACCUCACAACACAUCAAGGUGUCAUGGCGGAGGACCGUUGCCUCGGGGUAGUUAACGGUCAUCUGACGCUUACCUACUUGAAUACCGCCAUAGUCCAGUCAGUUUCGGGUUAUAAAACUUGACCAGAGACUUCAUAGCAACUUUUAUACCAUAGAUACCCUCUUUAUAUUGGUUCAACAUGUCAUCAGAGCGAAACUAG